GCUAACUUUUUUUUAUCAUCACAAUAUCUUAUCAUACACUAAUUACCAUGACCAUAAUACGUAUAGCCAGUAUGUAUGUUUUCGAUUGCACUUGCAGUAGUAGAAUUCCUGCACAGUUUGGAGCAGUCGUCGCGUCACUCGGUCAAGAUUGCAGGAGACUCAAUGACGAUCGAAUAGGGGAGUUGUUGAAGCACAGGAGGGUGGUGACAAGGAUGGAUGAAGAAGGGGCGAAAGGAGAGAGCGAGAGAAGGGGUGGAAGUGGAAAGAGAAAGAGUGUGGCCAGUGAUUGGAUUACAGUCAGGGAGUCCCAGUGGACUCGCCAAAUGACCGGGACAAAUUGCCCCUCGCCUUCGGGAAUACUUAUAUAUCCAGUGGCGAUCGAGCUUCACGUGUUUUCUGAGGUCCCAUUAGCGGCUUCACAAAUCAUUGUUAUCCAAUCAAUGAAACAUAGUAUCAAGGAUUGCUCUUGCAAUUAAGUCGUAGUAUCCUUUUCUCGUGGAAAGGAGUGCGAGUAGGCGGUAAGGGAAGAAGGAUUUACUGCUGUUUAACCCCCGGAAACUUCUCCGAUAAAUAAGCCAUACAAGCAUCGGCAUUCGCUCGCAAGGGCGAUGGAGCAGUUUGUUGUCCCAACAUAGGCGAUCUGAUUGCCCCGUUAGUGGACUCAAGUUAGCGCCAGUUCUGACUUUCACGAGUCCUCACGAGUUAAAGAGUUCCGGAGUGUGAGAAGGUGACGGAGGGGAAACGAUAGGGAAGAAGACAAAAUCCGAACGUUAUUGGAAGAACAAAAUUCGUUUCGGUGAAAAAGGCCAAGUGCAAAGUCUUGAUUAGCAGCCUUUCUUGAUUCUGGAGAGAGAGAAAGAGAGAGGGAGAGAGAGAACAAUCGUCGUCUAAUUUGCCAGCUGAUUCAAUCUUUCCUCCUUCGGUCACUUAUUUUUCCUUUAUUCUCUUUCUUAGUAACAUAUAUAUAUAUUAAUUCCCUCGCGCGAUACGAAUACUAAUUAGACAUUUUAAACGCGUUAUACUUAUCG